AUGGAAUCUGGGAGAAGGGGAUGGAAUCUGGGAGAAGGGGAUGGAAUCUGGAAGAAGGGGAUGGAAUUUGGGAGAAGGGGAUGGAAUCUGGGAGAAGGGGAUGGAAUCUGGGAGAAGGGGAUAGAAUCUGGGAGAAGGGGAUGGAAUCUGGGAGAAGGGGAUGGAAUCUGGGAGAAGGGGAUGGAAUCUGGGAGAAAGGGAUGGAAUAUGGGAGAAGGGGAUGGAAUAUGGGAGAAGGGGAUGGAAUCUGUAAGAAGGGGAUGGAAUCUGGGAGAAGGGGAUGGAAUCUGGGAGAAGGGGAUGGAAUCUGGGAGAAGGGGAUGGAAUCAGGGAGAAGGGGAUGGAAUCUGGGAGAAGGGGGUGGAAUCUGGGAGAAGGGGAUGGAAUCUGGGAGAAGGGGAUGGAAUCUGGGAGAAGGGGAUGGAAUCGAGGAGAAGGGGAUGGAAUCUAGGAGAAGGGGAUACAAUCUGGGAGAAGGGGAUAAAAUCGGGGAGAAGGGGAUGGAAUCUGGGAGAAGGGGAUGGAAUAUGGGAGAAGGGGAUGGAAUAUGGGAGAAGGGGAUGGAAUCUGGGAGAAGGGGAUGGAAUCUGGGAGAAGGGGAUGGAAUCAGGGAGAAGGGGAUGGAAUCUGGGAGAAGGGGGUGGAAUCUUGGAGAAGGGGGGAGAAGGGGAUGGAAUCUGGGAGAAGGGGGUGGAAUCUGGGAGAAGGGGGUGGAAUCUGGGAGAAGGGGAUGGAAUCCGGGAGAAGGGGAUGGAAUCUGGGAGAAGGGGAUGGAAUCUGGGAGAAGGGGAUGGAAUCUGGGAGAAGGGGAUGGAAUCUGGGAGAAGGGGAUACAAUCUGGGAGAAGGGGAUAAAAUCGGGGAGAAGGGGAUGGAAUCUGGGAGAAGGGGAUGGAAUCUGGGAGAAGGGGAUGGAAUAUGGGAGAAGGGGAUGGAAUCUGGGAGAAGGGGAUGGAAUCUGGGAGAAGGGGAUGGAAUCAGGGAGAAGGGGAUGGAAUCUGGGAGAAGGGGUGGAAUCUGGGAGAAGGGGGUGGAAUCUUGGAGAAGGGGAUGGAAUCUGGGAGAAGGGGAUGGAAUCUGGGAGAAGGGGAUGGAAUCUGGGAGAAGGGGAUGGAAUCUGGGAGAAGGGGAUGGAAUCUGGGAGAAGGGGAUACAAUCUGGGAGAAGGGGAUGGAAUCGGGGAGAAGGGGAUGGAAUCUGGGAGAAUGGGAUGGAAUCUGGGAGAAGGGGAUGGAAUCUGGGAGAAGGGGAUGGAAUCUGGGAGAAGGGGAUGGAAUCUGGGAGAAGGGUAUAG